AAUGAACCAAAAUCUCGAAAAUGCCAUCGACAUAGAGAAUGAUGAACUCAUUUUUGAAAAUUGUAUAUGUAUUCUUUACACUUAGACAACAAUGAUGAUUAAGAUGAUUAACUAGUUUCAUAAUUAUAAGAGAUUCUUAUAUCAGAAGAUUUUGAAAAAUUAUCUUAAGAUUUCUUACGUGAGAAAUGUUUAGUCUUUGAUGAGACUGAAUAAAAGGAAUAUAGAGAUAUAUUUAAAUUAUACUAAAGUGCUAUUUAGUUAUAUUUGAAUGAAGUAUUAUAAUGAAUGAAUGAAUUUAGAAACUUAAAGUUGAAUUUACACUUGAAAAAUUGUAAUCUCUCCCUUUGGAUGAGGCAAUAAAUGAAACUUUAGCAUCAUUAUUUGAUUAUGAUUUAUUUAAAGAUAUCAUGGUAGAAACAAGAAUAAGAGUAGAAGAAGAGGAAAGGACAAUUAAAAAAAGUACCAAUAAAGCUACUAAAGGAUAUAAAUAAGCACCUUAAUAAAAUAUCUUUAGUACAGGAUAAGCAAUAUAAUUUGAAAAAAAACCAUUAAAAAAUGUAAUAAAUAUUAAUUAUUCUUUAGUAAAUUCCUUAAGACUUAAGACCAGACUUAUUCUUUAAUGUAGUGCCUUUAAGUACCCCAAAAGUUAAUAGAAAAUAAGCUUGAGU